AGCUUUUUUCUUUUCUCGUCACCUAUUUAUUAUUAAGCUUUCAAUAUGACGACGGCCAAAAGCGCUUCUUACGACUAUUUAAUAAAACUUUUGCUUAUCGGUGAUUCUGGCGUCGGCAAGAGUUGUUUGCUCCUUCGAUUUUCAGAUGACUCCUUUACACCUUCUUUCAUUACGACUAUUGGUAUUGACUUUAAAAUUCGUACAAUUGAACUCGAUGGAAAACGCAUCAAGUUGCAAAUUUGGGAUACAGCGGGUCAAGAACGAUUCCGUACCAUCACCACCGCAUACUAUCGAGGUGCUAUGGGUAUUCUUCUAGUAUACGAUGUGACGGAUGAGAAGUCAUUCAGCAAUGUACGAAAUUGGUUUUCGAAUAUCGAACAACAUGCGAGUGAAGGCGUCAAUAAGAUUUUGAUUGGCAACAAGUGCGAUAUGGAAGACAAGAGGGUGGUAACGACCGAACAAGGAGAACAGUUGGCAGGUGAACUUGGUAUCCGCUUCAUGGAAACGAGUGCAAAAGCAAAUAUUGGCGUCGAGGAAGCCUUCUUCAACUUGGCAAGGGAUAUCAAGAAGCGUUUAAUUGAUACUCAGCAAGCUCAGCAAGCGCGUCAAAGAGAAGAAGUGCGAUUGGACACGACGCCUGGAAAGACCACCUCCAACGGCGGUUGCUGUUAAACUUUUGAAUAUCGAAAUAUUUUUUUCUUCCCAUUUGUAGGAUGUCCAUAUAAAAAAAAAAUCAAAAAAAGGAAGAAAGAAAAAAAAGAAAAAGAGGAAGAAAAACAAAAGAGUUACUAUCCGUUUUUGGGUUACCAUACCAUACCUUCCUUUCUCCUGUUAUUUUUUUUUUCUUCAAACUCUUCUUCAGUCGUGGAUCACUUUUAUACAAACUUUUGAAUUUCGUCCUUCUUUUUUCUUUUUUCCUUCAUUCUCCUUUUUUCUCUCUUUAUAUCGUCAUCCAUGAUGUCUUUACUUGCCUACAAGUGCCUUUGUU